CUCCCUCCCUUCCUCCCUGUUUGCUCCCAGUCCUCUGCCCAAACGCGACUUCCUCUUCCUUUCCGAAGCUCCCGCUGUCCGCCCUGGUUCGGGCCGGACUGCCCUCUGCAGAUCGCGGGGGGUGGGAGCGCACUGCCGAGCCUGGCGCGGCCGGGAGAACUCUGGCGCGCUCUCUCCGCCCCGCCCCCCCCCCUCCCGUCUCUUUCUCUCUCUCUCUCUCGUCUCCCUCCCGAAGUGCCGCUCCUCCCGAGGGACGCAACAGGAGCCAGGAGCUGGCGGGCUCCGAAGACGAAACAAAGCCCGGUCGCUUCGUUCGCUCCCCGCUUUCUUUUCCUCCCGCUGCUUAACUUAGUUGCGUCUUUUCCGAUCCCGCCGCGGCUUCUUCUGAGGACUUUUUCUGCCUUGUGAGGGCUACUCAGCAACCCCGAGAGUUCAUUAGGGCUUUCUUUCCCAGAGAAAAUGUCAACUUCUGCCAUGGAACCCCAGUCCCUUGAUGAGAGAGGAAGUUUUUUUAAGCUAAUUGACACAAUAGCUUCAGAAAUCGGAGAACUGAAACAGGAAAUGGUACACACAGAUCUGACACUGGACGCUGGACGCACCAGUUUACCAAGCCUAGAGAAAGAUAUGGGUGAUGUGUGCCCGGAUCAGAAAGAUUUUGCAAAUAUCAUACGAGAUUCUGGAUAUGAUAGUCUCCCCAAUAAGCUCAGCAUACUAGAUAAACUUCUUCAUACCCACCCUAUCUGGUUACAGCUUGGCUUAAAUGAUGCUGAAGCAGUGGAAAUUCUACGCUCUCAACCUCCUGGAACUUUCCUUGUUAGAAAGUCGUCAAGAAUGCAGAAGAAAGUCCUGUCUUUACGCCUACCAAAUGAUGUAAAGGGAUUUUGCCUUAAAGAGUUUGCAAUAAAAGAAAGCAUCUAUACUUUUUCCUUAGAAGGCUCUGGAAUAAGUUUUGCUGAUUUAUUCAGGCUCAUAGCUUUCUACUGUAUUAGCAGGGAUGUCCUGCCAUUCACCUUGAAGUUACCUCAGGCAAUUGCAGCAGCAACAACAGAGUCUGAACUUGAAGAGGCUGCUCAGCUGGGAUUGAAUUUUUGGAGCUCUCCAGCUAACAACAAACUGCAAAAAUCUUCAGCCCUCCAGAAGCCUCUGCCUUCAGACAGCAUUUAUAAAAGCUCCCAGCAGCUCUGCCUCAUAAAUGGAGUUCAUUCUAUAAGAACCAGAACGCCUUCAGAGCUGGAAUGCAGCCAGACCAACGGAGCCCUGUGUUUUAUUAAUCCUCUCUUCUUGAAAGUGCACAGCCAAGAUGUUGGUGGAAAUCUGAAAAGAUCAGGUCCAAAAGCACAAGAUGUGAAUGGCCCUGAGAGAUCCUGUUCUCCCCCACCCAGGCCUCCCCCACCUUCUAUUCAUAGCCUUCUUGCACACCCUCAGCUGUCCAGGACUACAAACCAGGCCAGUCUGCCAGAAACUGUCAGUCACAGCAAACACUCCAAUUUGGAUGUGAUACAGAAGAGGCCAACUCCUAUCCCACCGCCUCGCCUGAAAAAAAAGGCUCUCUCUUUAGCACAGAGCAAUGCGAAGAACUCAGCAGUAAAUGAACCCAGCCACAAUUUGGUGGAUGGCACAGAAACUGCCAGCAUUCCAGGUGGAGCUCCGCCUCAGCAGAACUUGGAGAGCAAAAACAGCUUAGCUACACACCGUGAGUCACAAGUGCAGUGGAAUGGAGGCAGGCAAAGACUAAGCAACAUGAGCCUGUCCACAUCCUCCUCUGAUUCUCUGGAUUUUGAUCGGAGCAUGCCGCUCUUUGCUUACGAUGGGGAUACCAACAGCAGCCUGGAAGAGUUCGAGGGGGAAAGCGACCAGGAGAGCAUGGCACCACCCUUGAAGCCCAAGAAAAAAAGGAAUGGUUCAUUUGUGCUUCCCAAAAUUGUCAAAUCCCAGCUGAGGAAAAUGAGUGGCGUCUUCAGUUCCUUCAUGACCCCUGAGAAAAGGAUGGUUAAGAAAAUAGCAGAAAUGUCUCGAGACAAGCGUACUUAUUUUGGUUGCCUAGUUCAGGACUAUAUAAGUUUUCUACAGGAGAACAAGGAGUGUCAUGUUUCCAGCACAGACAUGCUUCAAACUAUUCGGCAGUUCAUGACCCAAGUAAAGAGCUAUUUAUCUCAGAGUUCUGAACUGGAUCCUCCCAUUGAAUCUCUGAUUCCGGAAGACCAAAUAGAUGUGGUAUUAGAGAAGGCCAUGCAUAAAUGCAUCUUGAAACCCCUCAAGGACCAUGUUGAGAUGAUGUUGAAAGAAUUCCAUACAGUUGAUGGCUCAUGGAAGCAGUUGAAAGAGAAUCUUCAACUUGUGCGGCAGCGAAAUCCUCAGGAGCUGGGUGUUUUCGUCCCAACACCAGAUUUCGUAGAUGUUGAAAAGAUUAAAGUCAAAUUCAUGGCAAUGCAGAAAAUGUACUCUCCUGAAAAAAAAGUUAUGUUGCUACUAAGAGUGUGCAAACUGAUUUACACUGUGAUGGAAAAUAAUUCAGGGAGAAUGUAUGGGGCUGAUGACUUUUUGCCAGUGCUGACCUAUGUUGUGGCUCAGUGUGACAUGCUGGAGUUAGAUGCUGAAAUUGAGUACAUGAUGGAACUGCUGGACCCAUCCUUGCUGCAUGGAGAAGGAGGCUACUAUUUGACAAGUGCAUAUGGAGCGCUGUCCUUAAUUAAGAAUUUCCAAGAAGAGCAAGCAGCCAGAUUGUUGUGUUCAGAGGCCAGAAAUACUCUCAGGCAGUGGCAUAAGCGGAGAACAACAAACAGAACAAUCCCAUCUGUUGAUGAUUUUCAGAACUAUCUACGAGUUGCAUUCCAGGAAAUCAACAGUGGCUGCACAGGAAAAACAUUGCUAGUGAGGCCAUAUAUUACUACAGAAGAUGUGUGUCAGCUCUGUGCUGAGAAGUUUAAAGUGGAUAAUCCUGAGAACUUUAGCCUGUUUCUUUUUAUUGAUGACACUUGGCAGCAACUGACAGAAGAUACCUAUCCCCAAAAAAUCAAAGCUGAACUGCACAGUCGGCCACAGCCUCAGGUCUUCCAUUUUGUGUAUAAACGCAUCAACAGUGAUCCUUAUGGGGCAAUAUUCCAGAGUGACAACAGUGACCAAAAUACAUAAAGCUAAUUAUUUUAAUUGUUAUGUAAACUGACUGGGAGUUGAAAUUAAAUGAUUCAUAUUCCCUAAACCCUACUGAUCAGUAAAAGUAUGAAUUAUGAAUUACCAUCAGUGAUCAUACAUAAUCUACAAAAAAAAAUGCUGUGAUCCAGCUUUAUGGGAAAUUUGAAAGCAAAACAUAGCAUCCACCAAUUGUAAUCUGGCACAGUGGCUUCUCAGAUGUUUUGCAGUGCCAUCAUCUGCAGAUAUGUAGUGGGUUUUACUCAUAUCUUUAUUUUAUGCAUUAUUUUCAAUUCCAUAUGCAGUGGAUCCAACUUCUUUUAAACUAACUGUUAGGUUGACCAUUUAAUCAGUAUAUCAAUGCAUUAUUUUCCGAUGCAGAGCAUCAGUAAAAAUAUGGAUAACAGCCUUUUUUUAAAAAUAGUUGCUUUAUUAUUAUUUUAUUGAAAGCAACUUUUUAUAUAUAUUUCAAGAAAUUUUAUAGCAGUUGCAGGUAAACUGUCAUUUUUGUAAAGUAUUUUUUUAAUGAUAAAAUAUUCUAUAAUUAUGCAUGUGAUUUUAACACAAAAUAGAAAAUAAAUCUCUUGCUGGUUUUAGAGUAAGUGAUGUUUUUUUAUUUAAUUAUGUAUUAAUAUCUAGCUUUCUAAAAUGUCAAACCAUAUUUUUAAAAAUGACUUUGUAAGCAUCUUAUUUUCAAAAUUGGUUAUUCAGACUUCAGUUAUAAGAAGAUGGUUAUAUCCGACAGUCAUGUUUUUGGAAAAGAUGGAUAUAUCAAUUAGGUUUGGUAGAAAGAGUAGGUUUGUUUUAAGAAUCACAUAUAUUAGGGAAGAAGAAUAUUGAAGAAACUACUUGGAUAAGCAGUGAAACAUUUCAAACAAACAAACAAAAAAAGAAGUCUAUUUGCCAUGACUCAACUUCUAGGCAUAUAGUAGGGAAAUGUUGAGAAUCAGUACAGGUUUUUUUUCGUCUUUAUUUAUUUUCUUUUUCUCCCAAGUAGUUCAAUGCAUAUUUGCAGAACUGUGAUUUGGUUUCCAGGAGGAAUUCUGUCACUACAUCAAACAUAAUAUUGUGAAACUAUAUCUGAUCUGACGUAUAAGAUUUCUUCUAAAACAUGAAGAAAUUUGUGAACUAAUCAUUUUUUAUUUUUAAAACAGUAUAGCUGUAGAAAUAGUGCUUAGACAUCUGUUGUGUUAAAGACAGCAGGAAAAUGAGUUGAUCAGUUAAAGGUUUUGCCAAAAUUCAGAAGCACAAACACUAUUAAAAUUGUAAAUUCUGCUUUCAGUAAGAAUUUUGAUAGAAACUGUACUUUUCUACUUAAAAAUAUCAGAGCUAAGAAUUUGCAUUAAUCUGUACAUUCAGCAGAUUUACCAAGAUGACAGAACAGUAAACACUCUUUCACCUUACAUUUGUGUAAGUCAUCUAUUUUUAAAACAUUUUCUUUAAGUUCCCAAAUUACAUGCAAGUGAAAUUCUAUUCUGUCCAUUCAUAACUAGCAAGGUUCCGCACACAGCCCGGCAUAGGCGAUACCAACUGUGGUGUAAAAGAUAUGGGGGAACAACUUCGUCCCUGUAGCAAUUAAAUUGUUCAAGGCUAAAGUUCUUGGCAUGAGGCUGUAUGAUGUGUAGUAUUUACAAAAUGUUCUUAUUCGUUGAAUGAAUACAAAAAAAAAUCUUAAAAUCAAUAGCAUAUACCCACCUUACAUGGUGGUUGUUAUGGGGAAAAUAGGAGAAGGAAGGAGUAUUAUGAAUGUUUAGCACCUUACUUAUCAAUAUAAAGGGAUAAAAAAUGUAAUCACAAAAUAAAAAUAAAUAUCCCUUACUCAAAUUCUCAUUCCAUUUGUUAACAAAAAGAUUGAACUGUUAAAGUUUGAAACUGAAUGUAUCAUAAUAAUUGUCAGAAAAAAAACUUCUGAAGCAUAAAAUGAUGACUUCUUCAGGAAGCAAACAAUCACAGAGAUUAAACAGUUGGCAUUCAGUGAUAGGAGAAAACUUUCAAAUAAGAGAUAAUAGUAAGAGAUAAACAUGGACAAGAUUUUGAAUCACUUUCUUUAAAAAAAAGUGAUGCCUCCUUUUCUACGUAAAAAGAGAAAACAACUUUCUGCAUUUGGAAGAGAAAUUCUCCUAACUAGACAAUAUGAACAAUUUAAUAUUUAAAUGCAUGUCAGAACAAUGACAUUAAAACUCUUUUAAGUGUGACAAUCUAGCACUUACAUAAUAAAUCACUGAAAAUGCUGGAUUAUAUAUCCCCAUUUGUGUAAAAAAAAAAAAAAGACUUUCAUUAUUCUAUCUAACUGGACAAUUAGACUGCCUUGCAAAUUUCUCAGGAAUUAUUACACUAUUUUAAUAUACUGGGGCUAUCAAAAAUAGCUGACCUAUAUAUAUUGGUAUGUUCGGUUGCACAAGAUGUUUAUGUCAAUUUGCUGUGUAAUUGUUGAUUCAAUGUAUUUUUGUUUAAUUUAGUAAAUGAUAAAACAAACCUUCUCUACAUGGUAAGGCAAUAAUACAUGGGCUGCAUAAAUCCAGAUAACCGCUGGAUAGCAACAGAGACACAGAACAUUCUACCUCUUUGCUGCCACCGAUUGCCAUCUGGAUUUUUCUCACCCAGUCUAACAUUGCAAGUGUAUUUUUGUCAAUAUGUCAAAAUGCAUAGGAUUAUGUUGCAAAUAAAGCUAUUGAUGAAACUGCUUCCAACUAAACAAGCUUA